AAGGGCAGAUCACAUUUUGGAAAUGCCAAGACUGUAGGUAUUUUCACUUAGAAUUUUUUUUGAAAAUUCUAAAUUUUGCCUUGUUUCUAGUUUUAUUAGAUCCUGUUCCUCAAACCUGAAACCUUUAACACAAUUAGAGUUUAUUUCACUUUGACUGAUGAGAGUUCAGAACUUCUUCCAUCCUAAAACGUGCUUGAAAACUGAAACCAUAUUUUAACAUUAAUAAAGCUCUUUGUUUAAAUGCGACAACAAGAAUUUGAUAAUGAAUCCGGAAUUAAAAUUGCAAAGACUUGAUUUAUGUCGUUAGAAAGCAAGCAAAGAAAAAAGUCGUAUUUACGUAAAAAUUGAUGUCGCAAAUUUUAAGUUUUUCAGUUUGAUGAACAUUGACCUAUCCUGGUCUAUAAUUCACCUUUAUAGUCGCAACUGAACUCUGAAUAAGUCGAAGAAACUCGAGACUAUGUUUGUUAAAUGUGUUAAAUAUUUUGUGAUUAUAACCCCUUGUAAUUUGUUGAAUUUGAACACCCAAACUAUGAUGAAUGUUAUGCAAAAGGAGUUUUUAAUUGCAGAAAAAUGCCAGGUGUUUGCCAGCGUUGUGACAAGAAUGUUUAUUUUGCGGAGGAGGUGAAGGGUCUGGGGAAAUCCUGGCACAAACUUUGCUUCACCUGUCAGGCCUGCAGGAAAAUGCUGAGCUCAGGAUCCAUUUCAGAACACGAUAAUCAGGUCUUCUGCAACUCUUGUUACAGGAAAAACUUUGGACCUAAAGGCUACGGGUUCGGAGUAGGAAGUGGAACCUUGUCAAUGGAUGAUGGAAAAGGAUACCAGACAAAUCCUAAUGAGAUUGACCAUAAAGCUAAGGCUUACAUAGCUCCCAAGAAGCCAUUAGUUCAAUCCAACACGGAGAAUACAGUUGCCCCCUCAAGUGCAGCUACAGCUGCCACGGCGAAGUUUAAGCCUAAGUGGGGCGGAGCUGAUAUCUGCCCAAGAUGUGAGAAAUCUGUUUUCAUCGCAGAACUGAUGCGUGGGGCUGGGAAAGCAUGGCAUAAGUCCUGCUUUACGUGUCAGUUGUGCAACAAGAGAGUAGAUAGUAGUAUGCUGUGUGAGAGAGAAGGAGAGAUCUACUGUAAAUCCUGUUACGGCAGAAACUUUGGUCCUAAGGGAGUUGGGUUUGGUAUUGGAGCUGGAACUCUGCAGACCAACUAGUGUUUAGUGUUUACUAAAUACGCAGUCUCUGCCUUUGGUUUGAUAUCAUGUAUCUCAAUUAUAUAUUGAUUGCUGAACCUCAUGUACAAUAAUUAUCUAUGCAUUUAUUGAAAUUAAGCAUUUUCUGAGUGAAUCAAUGAAAG